GGACUAGGCUCGGCGUCAGACGCACAGUGAAAAAAUGUUUUAUUGAGGCGGCAAGGGGAACUGAGAAUGGAAAUCACUAAACCAGGUGCACCAAAAGUGUUCUCAACACAAAGGCAGGCAGGAAUGCGUACGCCUCUGACUUGCGCUCUAAUUUUGACCGCACUCCUUGUAACCAGCCUUACCAUCCACAGGCUGUCCACGCUGUGGCUACUGGCGGGCAGAUUUCACCAAAUUUCUUUCGUGGAAAGAACAUAUGCGACUGCAUUACUUCUCAGCGUUCCUGAAAUUUUUUGUUUAGUAAUGUCUCUCUGGCACAUAAGUGUCAGCAAAUUCAAGAACAAAAAUGCAUGGCCAAGCGGAUUUCAAGUAUUUAAGUGUUUCUUUGUGGCCGGGACAGAGGUUAUUGUCCAGUUCUUACUCCUAGUGGAGAUUUUCCCGAACUUUCCACCGCACGUUCUCCUACUGUUGCCAAAUAUUUUUCAAACUGUCGCACUUGGUAACGUUGGUGAAGAUGGACUGAAGGCAUCUCAGAAUCACAAAUUUCGAAGACUAAGGCCAACCCUGAAAGUUCAUAAAAUAAGAUACAUUGCAUUAUCGUUUGUACGAUGCGUCAACAGGUUGAUCCACGUCCUUACCUCGUCUAUAAAUUCAUAUUUCCACUCUGGAGCUAAAAUGAUAAUCGUUGCCAUUGUCUUGACAACGGUUGCUAAAUUGGUAGCAUUGCCAUGGCAACAAACUGCAGCAUUUGUGGUGGGCAUUUUGGUAAAUGCCAUUAUAUGGCAACAUGAACAUCCUAGCAAGUCUGCGGACACAGAUGUCGGAUACACUAACACCGCAAAGUGGGAAAAAUCCUUUUUCCAAAGUUUUUUCAAAUUAAUUGUCAUUAUGUUACAGUACAAUAUAGUAAGCAAAGAUGCUCCUCUUUGGAAUAAUGGUAUCGAUUCUAGCACGCUGUCGCUGUUGUUCGUUCAACUAACAAGUGCACUGGCCGCGUAUCUGGUAUUCAUACUUUGUGCCAAAAUCUCUCAGGAAGAUCACAUCUUAAAAUUGAGUUCCAUAAUAGAAAUGAUCAUAUCAGGCGGUUAUUGUACGUUCUGGUGUGUUGCUGGUGGUCAGGAAUUCUGCAUAAAGGGAUCCUACGAUGCAACAGCUUACAUUAUAUGCAUAGUUAUUUGGAUCAUAACACUCGUUCAGAUGCUUAAAUAUACCAAAUCGGUAAAUGUUUUGCAGCGUCCUCUUUACCAAAUUUUCAAAACUCCAACAUUUAACAGCGUCUUUCUAACACAGUUUAUUAAUGUCAAUCAACAGCACCCAGAUAUAGUUACGUCCAAAACAACAGCGAAUUUACAGCACGCAGACUCCAAGAGUACAGUUUUCAUUUGUACCACUAUGUUUCACGAAUCUAAGAAUGAGGUUAACAUGUAUCUUUUGAGCCUGAAAAACAUUUUCAUUUCUAAAAAACUUCAGAAUGUAAAUCUGGAGACACAUAUUUUCAUGGACGACGGUUCAAGAGACAGUCACCUGACCCCAUACGGAGCACAGCUGCUGAAAUUAAUUAAGAAACGUUUUUCUUCGAUGUUGUCUCGUUCGCCAGACACCAAAGGCACACCAUAUGGAGUUCAAGUAAAAUGGCUUAUUGAUGGGCAUAUACCUCUAUACAUACACUUAAAAGAUGUCGUGAACUUCAAACCUAAAAAAAGAUGGAGUCAAGUGAUGUACAUGCAUUAUAUUCUCAAUUACCGAAACGCAGAAUCUGCACAAGCUGAGCACGCAGAUAGACUAGGUGACUCCUCCGAGGAUGAUGCCGGAUUUGGAAGUGGCGAGGACAGCAUGUGCAGUGAUGACUUCGAGUCAGGCUCACAAAUUCUACUACAUCAGUAUGAUUCUGCGAUUGAUCUCAGCGAGUCAUUUGUGGAGAUAGACCUCGGAAGAACGAAAACAGAGAUGAGCAAUAAAAACGAGGAAAUCAGUCAGAAUGAAACUGCAUAUAUUUUGGCUACAGACGCGGACAUGCAGUUUAAAGACGAAGACUUAUUGUCUCUACUGCGGCUGUGUAACCAAGAGCGUGAUCUGGGCGGCGCGUGUGGAUGGACCCAUCCUAUUGGGCAAACUUUGAACCCUCUUGUGGCGUACCAACAGUUUGAAUAUGCAAGCGAUUUCUGGAUGGUGAAAACGACUGAAAACGCUCUGGGAUCAGUUCUUUGCUGUCCUGGCUGUUUCAGUCUCUACAGACUAAGUGCUUUGAAGAACAUCAUUGACAAAUUUGGCGAACCAGUACAAACCCCCAUUGAGGCAUACACCAAAGAUACUGGCGAGGACCGCUGGAUGUGUACGCUACUCAUGUCCAAAGGCUGGAAGAUGGCUUACAAUGAUUUCUGCAGUAAUUCUACAUUUUGUCCAGAGAGCAUUACCGAACUAUUCAAGCAGCGACGGCGGUGGAGUUUAUCAACUUACGCCAAUACCAUUCAAAUGUUUUGGAACUAUAUAACACUUAUGAAGAAGAACAGCCACAUUAAUCUGUUUUUCCUUCUGUACCAGUUGCUGUCAUUUAUCAUGAGUCUGGUUACCCCUGCCUCUACAGUCAUAUUGAUAGUGACCAGCCUUAGUGACCGUGGCAUCUCUCUUGAGACGUCCAGCGUCUCUUUGGGUGGACUUUGUCUUUUUUACAUGAUUGUUUGUCUGUUUACAUCCCCGCGGACACAGGAUCUCUUCACUUGGUUUUUGUCACUUGCAAUGGUGGUCCUUAUGUCAGCAGUGCUGUUUGGAUCGUUUGUGGACCUCGCGUAUGACACCAUGCACCUGCUCUCUGCCGAAACAAUGGGUUUUCACAACCGUCACUUGUUGCUGGCUCUUUCAUUACAAACACUGUACUGCGUUUUUCUGUACCCUGAUCGAUUACCACUUGUGCGUCAUAUGGUAGCGUUCCUGGUGCUGUAUCCUGUGACACAUUUACUGCUACCAAUUUAUACCGUCUGCAACAUGUCCAACCUUAGUUGGGGAACAAGAGAAAUGAAUGAAGCCCCACAUAUCCAAAUGUGCUGCAGCUCUGACUGGCAUGUAAAAAAUUCCACCCAUAACAUUAGCCUAGUAGAUUCUACAAAAGUGAAUAUGGAAUCAUCACCUCUUGUCUGCACAGCGGAUCUCAUAAAUCCCAUUUCACAUGAAGAAUUCUCAUUCUGGAAGAGUCUCCAAGACAACGUUCUUGGUACACGAAAUAACCUCGGUUUGAGAAAGGACCAGAUAGUCAGAGGAUUGACAAUGCUGAGGAACAAUGCGCUUUUUAUUGUUAUAGUAUGCAACGUGCUGUGGUAUUUGGUGAUUUUUUUGCCACUACGGGGUGGAGAUACCCGCAUUUAUAGUCUUGUAUUAAUAACGAUUCUAAUUUCUAAUUGUGUCCAAAUGUUUUCUAUGACUUUUUACCGCAUCCAAGCAACAUUGUCACAUUACAGUCAAAAACUGUUUCCUGAUGUUCCAGUUUGGAUAAAUCCAAGAACUGUGGACAGAGAAUCUGCGACUCUCUGAUCCAUAGGGUACGUUUUUUACAAUAUAACUUAUUUCACUGUUUAAACGUUGUUUAUA